AUGAAUGAAACCCUGCUGCUUGGUAACGAUUGGUUUCAAAGAGCCCAAGCGCGAAUUCACUUCGACGAACAGCGGCUAUUUCUUAAGCACGAUGCUAAGAAAAUUGAGGUAUCCAUCUCUAGUAACGGCAUGAAGAAGCUAGAAGUUCCAGAAGAAAAAGACCAGACUGGUAGUGAUAGCGGAGAAGAGUUCGGUGAAUACACCUACGAGGACGAAGAACUAGUCGAGGCAGAAGGGUAUUAUAUGGAAGGAGCUAUUGAAGAACCUGACGAUUUGUUCCAUAACCCGUGGGAAGAAUCGACAAGCCCGGUGUUGUACUUGAUGAAUGUAGAAGAAAUGCCGACAAAAGAUGACAACAAAACCUAA